UCUCCUUUGUAAUAUCAAUUUUACCUUUGUCGCGUGUAUAGAGCUGCCGAUUCAUUUGUUGUCAUUGUUUAAAUAGACUAUGCGAGUAAUCAGUGAGACAUGUCAGCGAGUUAAUAAUUAAUUGAAUAAAAGAAAAAAAAAUACAAACAAACAAGGCGAUUUUUUAAUUCGACCAACUAAAAUCGACCUAUCGUUUAAGUAUACACACUUUAGCUUUUUAUUCAGCUUAUAUAGAGAGCUUAUAGAGCUUCGAAGCGAGUCAGUCUCUCGAACGCUCUCGAGUCGAAGGCUCUUCAGCUAUUAAGCUCUGUGCUUUUGUGAAAGCUCCGUGCACGCGCUUUGACGGCCGACAGAAGCGCGGGACGAAAAAAAUAUGCAUCAGUGAGAGAGCGACAAUGCAUCGUCGUUUUUCAGCACGGCCGAGUCACCAGCUCGACGACUGUUUUUUCACCAGCUGCAACAGUGAGAUCGCUAAAUAUUUAUUUUCGCACCCAUGCGCUCGGAAACGAUCGACGCGUGAUAAUGCUUGCGAAGAUAUGAAUGACGAUCCAGCUCGUUUAAGUGUAUCGCGUUUAUUGAAUAUAUCAAAGUAGUGUGCCGAGAUUAAAAAAAAAGCGCGUAAGAGCGACGCGUCGUCGGCGAGGCACAGCUGCGCGUGUUUGACUGCCUGCUUGCGAAUUUCAGAUGUGUAUUGUUAUUCGACGAGACGCGACAGCGACGAUCAUCGGUGCGACGCGUUAGACUGUGUGUGCGAGUGACAUGGAAGGGGCAACAUGUAUGUACCUUUGUAUUAAGAGCGACGAUCAUCUUCUGAAUAUCGAAGCCAAUAAGUUUAACGAGAAAAUUAGUUUCUGCUCCGUGCUCGAAGGCGUUUCGCGCGAAACGAGAAAAACCGAUCGGUCGCCGCCGAGUUUGCCUCGCGGUUCCUAAGUACACUGGAUAAACGACCGCCGAGGCUCGAAAUAAUCGACGACGGCCCGGGAAUAUAAAGUGCUACUGGGAGAGAGUGGAGAUCGCUAUCAGUGACAGCGGCAUAGAGAGAGAGAGGCAUUAUCGUCACCGUCGCCGGAGAGCCAAACGACAAAAUUAAUUAUUAUCGAUCGAUACAAGACUUUUAUCGCGCGACGACUUUUUCCUCUCGGCGACUGAUCUGCGCCUCCACGUCCAAGAUUGAUCGCUUUUGCCUCUGAUCUUCGCCCCCGAAGAAAAAACCGACAAAAUGGAGGAUAUUAAUUACAAAAGUGAGGAAAUGCAGGCAAAAAUGCUGCUGGCACAAGCACAGAUUUGCAAAAAUGGCUCCAGUACACUAGAUGGCUGGUGCCCGACAACUUGGGACGGAAUCCUGUGCUGGCCGUCGACGCCACCCGGCGAGUUGGCCGUACAGUCCUGUCCAACGUACAUCGCGGGAUUCGAUUUAAGGGACAACGCGACGAAGCAGUGCACGUCGUCGGGCGAGUGGUACUUCAACAGCAAGACCAACAGUACCUGGAGCGACUACAGCCGAUGUUACAAUCAGUCUCUGGUGACGGUGGUCGUCGAUAUGAACGCCGACAGCGGCACUGGCAAUUUCUCCGACGCUCAUUUGAAGUUUUUGCCGGCAUUGCAGUACAUAUCUGUGACUGGAUACACAGUGUCGCUCUUGACGCUUAUCGUUGCCUAUUGCCUCCUUCACAAUUUCAAAAAGCUGCGCUGCCCGCGCAAUCGGCUGCACAUGCACCUGUUCACGUCGUUCAUCCUGCGAGCGAUCACAUCGCUGCUGCGCCACGUGCCCGCCAUCGCCGGCAUGAGCAUGACCUCGAACAUGAUACUCAAGAGCGGCGAGAGCAUCUGGAACGUCGAGGCCGUCGAGGGCAACUGGCACUGCAAGCUCUACUCCAGCAUCUGGGAGUACUGCAUAAUGGCCAACUACUCGUGGAUCUUCAUCGAGUGCCUGUAUCUGCACAAUCUGCUCUUUUGCACCAUGUUCAGCGACUCCAGUGCCAGCAUCACCGUCUACGCCUGUCUCGGCUGGGGACUGCCCACUGCGGUCAUAGCUGUUUGGGUGCUGAUACGCGCGCUCUACGAAGAUUACUAUUGCUGGUCGACGCACAAAGGCACGAUAAGCUUCGAGGUCAUUCGCUGGGCUGAGCUCUGUGCUGUAGUAGCCAACUUUAUCAUGUUCAUAAGAAUCGUGGGAGUUUUGAGAUCGAAACUGGCGCCGUCGUCUUCCGAGGAGCACAAUAAGGAUUAUAGCUUUAUCAACGGCAUAAAAAAUCUUUUCUCGUUCAUUGUUGUCGAGGUGAAAAGUACUAGACGACAGUUACCAAGACAAAUAUCGAAUUACAGGAGAUUAGCGAGGAGCACGCUGGUCCUGGUGCCGCUCUUCGGCAUGCACUCGUCCAUCUUUUUCUGGCUCUCGUACAGCGUCGGGGUCAACGAGAAAAUCGAAUUGUUUUGGCUCUUUGGCGAUCAAUUGAUCUCGUCCUUUCAGGGUUUCUUCGUGGCCGUGCUGUACUGCUUCAUGAACGGCGAGGUGCGCCAGGAGAUAUCGCGCUCUCUCUGCGAGCGCAAAUGGACGAGGAUUCAUCGGUGCUGCUGCGUGGCCAGGCCGGCGCCCCCGUCCUCGUCGUCGGCCGCCACCAGCCGCUCCGAGACCAGCAAGAGGCUGCUACACGGGCCGCUGCACUACUGCAGGAACUGCUGGACCGAGUGCUUCGGCCUCCAUCGAUCGCACAACUCGCUGGAUUAUUGCACACAGGACAUCGACAUAGGAGGUACUCGGGGUUGCAGCAUGACAAGUCUCAACGAACGCCAAGAAGUUGCCGUUGGCAUCAACGGUGGCUGCGGUCACGACGCCACAGCACCAGAGGCCGAGACUAUGGAAGCUGCAACUGGCAACGAGGCCUGUGGCACCUCAGCGAAUUCCGAAGCUUCCCAGCUUUACGACGCUUUUGCCAAACAUCCUGCCAGCUCAUCUGCUUUUUUUACCAAAAACGUCGAUAACAAGACGGAUUUACUCGCCUAUUACUCCGAACUGUGCGACGACGAAGAAACUGGCCACGGAAGUCAAAGCGACUCGAUGCCAGACACCGGCCUUAACGAGCUCCGUUCGGACGAGCGAAACUGGAGCGACUCCGAGCGCAGCCACUUGGCAUACGAGAUGCAGCGUCUGCACAAGCCGUGCGAUCCAUGAAAAACACUCGUCCUCGUCGUCGCCGUCUCGUGCCGUCGAUUAACACAAUUUCUCAACGAAAAGACUGAUCGCUUAGUGAUGAUAGUGAUAAAAACGUAGGCUUACAACUUGUCAACGAUAUAGAAGACGAUAUAUUAUAAUCACAUGUACGAUCGUCGGCGCGACUUCGGCUCCUUAUAUUGUAUAUACACAUCGUCACUCUUUUUGUACAUUUCAACUAUCGAUCUGUGUAUAGAUUUGUAAGAUUUAGAUCGUAAUAUUUGUCGUUAGGUUUUAUAAAAAUUUCAUUUGCUUUUGAUUGCGAUCAUUAGCUACCCCCGACGUGAGAUAAUACAGCGUUUACGCAUAAAUCCUCGAUUUUUAUUGUUCGAUCGAUGACAUUAUUUUGAUAAUCAUUUCGAAUCGUAACGCAACAAGCAUACAAACUUGGCUGUGGUUUUCGAUAGAACAUAAAUUCAAUUACUUAAAAGCUGAGUUUAUAUUUAUAGAUACAAUUAAUAACAAGAAUAAUUAUUUUUAUUCCUCAUUUAAUUACUGGAAAUUGAAUU